ACACCUUUAUUUCAUCUUUUCACGACAAGCACUUCAUCCGGCUUUAACCUUUUGAAGGAAAUGUUACUUAGUUAACAACAUUUUCAUGGGCUGUUUCAAAAGAAAGAAACGAAACACAGUGAGCUAGCCACGCCAUCGAAAUGCGCAUUUUUCCGCUGGUCCACGCACUUGUCAUCGGAUUUCUUUUUUUGAUCGCAUUUGGAUCAAGCUCGAGUAUACCACCAGCAGAAUCAAGUAAGUGUUAUUUUCCUCCUUUGCCUCUGUAAAGAAAGUUUUGCAAAGCAUUUAACUGCGAAAUGGAAUAAGCUAAUAAAUAAGUUCAAUUUCGUGCAAUUACCCCGAGGUUACCCCGUAUCGAUCGGUGUGUUCGAUACGAUUGUUUCUACAGUACACUGAAUAUGAAGCUUUUUAACUGCGUUAAGGUUUUCUCUAUCACAACACGUAGUUUGUGUUUGUAGUCGGUGCAAAGAAGACGAAAGAAACUGGGGUUUUGGUUUUGACCGAAGCGAAAAAUUGUCUCGCUAUUGUCGAGGUGGUGAUGGUUGUUGACAUUAGCAACAUUGUCAAGGUCAAUUUGUGGAAGCACGUUUUCUUUUGGCAGUUCUUUAUUUUGUAAUUUAUUAUAUCCACUUUGAAAUCACUGGCUAUCCGUGCAAUCUGAUUGGCUCUCAGCAGUGUGAUUUAUUCCUAAAUCGCACCAUUUUUUGCUCUAAAUCGCAUCUGUUCUAAAUCGCGUCAUUCAUGUUCUAAAUCGCAUCAUUUCUGAUUUAAAUCGCACCAUUUUUCUUCUAUAUAUCGCAUCAUUUCUGUUUCGAAUACAAAAUGAGACGUAAAAGCCUUUUUGUUUCGGCUUUUUAACAAACCGGCUACUCGAUCAAUAAAAUAUUAGUACUGAGUAAAUUCUGCGAUUUCAAAAUGGAUGUAAUAAAGUGGUAAUUGAACUUCGUGUCGUGCAAUUUUGGUCUGAAAUCAUACUUGUGAUUUCAGACCAAAUUGCACUCCACUCAGUUCAAUUACCAUUAUCAAUAAACAAUUAUUGGAUGAGGUUGAUCAUGAUAUCAUGAAUUAUCAAAACCGAGGUCUGUGUUAUCUGCCGAAGCCGAAGGCUGNAAUGUUUGAUAUUUCUUCUCAAACAAAAUCAUUUUUGAAGGAGAAAUUAAGGAUGCAAAAAUGAGCAGUUUUUCAUCUGAUAUCCAAACACUCAUUAAACAUUAAUUUCCUUUGAAUUUUCUUUAUGAAUUAUUAAUGAGUUUGAGAACAUUACUUCAACAAUGAAAAAGCCAACAAAGCUGCAUUUUCCACUAUAUUUUUACCCCAAAAAUAUAGUUCUUGUAAAGUUAAGAACCUCCCUACGCUGUAGCUUAUAUCGAAAAUGUAUCACUUUGGGUCGUAGGAAAAUCUCUGUGUAGUGGAUAAAUCAUGGGUUAACGAAUCCAGUAAGUUAUCCACUAAAGCGUAUCCAGUGAAAACCGCUGCACUCUUUGAAGUGAAUAAAUCUCCCACCAGAUGAAAAACAUUUUCUGAGGUGACAAUUUCACACCUAUAACAGUGAUAAUUUUAUAAUUCGUGGACUUUGGUGAUGUGCACUAACAAUGCCCUUUUUCUUUAACAACAGGCCAUGAGGCAAAAUUUAUUACUGAACCAAAUGACGGCUUAAUCCUGCCUAGUUCCCGAGCAUCUUUGUCCUGCGAAGCUAAAUUUGUUUCCAGUCUUAAGUUCAACUGUUCAGGAGGUGUCAUUCCUAGAGAAAUAUACCUUCGUGAAAAUAAACGUAACAAGACCAAGUUAAUUGUCGCCAUCUCCAAGAUCAAGCCUGAUGAUCUUCUUGAGGUUUCCUGUGUUUGUGAAGCUAUUGGUUAUAAUGGCUUAGUAUUAAGGAGUAAAGCUGCGGUAGUAAAGAAAGCUUGUAAGUACUUUGCUUAAUAUAAAUUCUUCUUUUUUAAUGUACCAGUCAAUUCCAAAACUGCCCAUGCCUCCCCCCACUUUACUGGGUAAAUCCCUGGGCAUUUGACUUUGGUGAAAAAUUUCCGUCAAAUGCCUCUGUAUGUUGGCAGUUUAGAUGGUCAAAUGCCCUACAGGCUAGCACUUCAAAAAGUGUCAAAUCCCUCACCCACCUGGUGAGGUAUUAGGGACCUUAAGAUGGGAUGGCAGUCAAAGCUCUUUUUGCCUUGCCAUCAUUGCAAAACUACAAGGUGAAGAUUUCACUUUUUAUGGAGGACAUAAACAAGCAGUGUCGAAUUUAUCUUUCUCUAUCUGAAGUUUGGAUGUGCGUCUUGGAUUUCAACACCAGGAAAAAUUUUUAAGUAUGUGACGUCUUCGCUUCGAUGCCAUCCACUAACUGUUCAAAAAUUUUCCCAUACAUCAAACCGUUUAUUCAAAUGUAAAUAUCCUACUAAAUAUAACAGAAAUAUCUUAAGUCUCUGAAAGCUGUCUUACAGAGGUUGUUCACAUUUUCAAUAAAAUUGUGCAUUCCAGACAUCCCACAUGUAACAGAGUCUUUCAAAGGCUUUGAAAUGCCUUAACAACACAGUGAAUAUGGAGGCAAUGACCCGUGAACAUGCUGAGUGAAGGGAUUACAACAUCCUUUUGCUUUUGAUGCUGACCAGCGUUUUGAUACAAAAGGGGUGGGCAGCUAGCCUCAUUAUGGGUCAAAUUUGCUACUGUACAAGAAGCAAAACUCCAGUCAAAUGCCCGCAAUAUGCCUGGGGAGGGAUGGUCAGUUUUGGAAUUGACUGGAACAUAAAAUGAACAUGAAGGGUAGAAUUGCAGUUUACAAACAAUUUACCAGUGAUGGCGCGUACUGUCCAAUUACUUAGGCAUGACGCGUACUGUUCUAUUAAACUGUCCAAUUAAGGCUGAAAUCAGGGCAGUUGAGAGCCAAUCAGAUUUGACAAUUUUGUUAUAGUUAUGAUUACAGAUCAAAUUGGAUAACACAAAGUUCCGUUAUAACUAUAACAAAAUAUACAUUAUAUACAUUAAGCUAUUUUUAAAAUCAAAACUCAAGCAAGCAGUGAAAAUAAAAGCCGUUUAAGUGCGUGAUGGCACGUACUGUCCAAUUACUUAAGCAUGAUGCGUACUGUCCUAUUAGUACUGAAAUCAGGACAGUUGAUAGCCAAUCAGAUGUAAGAAUUUUCUUAUAGUUAUGAUUAAAAUACAAACUCUUUUUCCUUGCCUCAUGUGUUUGUUAUUAGAAUAGGGGGGAGAAUUUAUCCUGGGUUAUCACAUGGGUCACUCUAGUAAGUGGCCAGCUCCAGUUUCUGUGUCCUGAGAGUGACCACUUGCUGACUUGGGGCGCAAGGCCGGUGGCACAGUGGUGAGAGCACUUGCCUCCCACCAGUGUGGUCCAGGUUCAAAUCCCAGUGUCAACUCUAUAUGUUGGCUGGGUUUGUUGUUGGUUUUGUCCCUUGCUCUGAGAGGUAUUUCUGCAGGUACUCUGGUUUUCACCUCUUUCACUCAAUCUGGAACUCACAAACACAUUGAAACAAGUUCUUACGAGAAGUUAAGAAUUCCUAUGUAGUUGCUUCAUGCAUUAGGAAAUUACAUUUUACAAUGACUAUUUAAUUUUAUUUGCAAGCUAGCACUCAUUGCACAUGUAUUUAUUUGUUUAACUGAUAAUGUACAUCCUCAUAGGUAUUUUAAUUUGCAUUUCAUUUCAACUUAUGGCCUUCAUAUUAUCUCUUUCCCAGAUCUUGGUGAAAACAUCAUUAUUUCACCUUCUGCCCUUAAGGUAGCAAAGGGCUCUCAGGUGACCCUUAAUUGCCACCUCCCCGAUGCACUCCCAAGCCCAAAUGUGUCAUGGCUAAAAGAUGGUGUCCCUUUGGAUGUGGACUAUGAUGGGAGAGUUGAGGUCAUAAACCAAGAUAACCUUUCUCAGGUUGUUUUUAGGAAGGCAUGGACAUCAGAUUCUGGCUAUUAUUCUUGUCAAGUAUCAAACCCUGUGGGAAGACGAAUUGAUAAGGUCAAACUUAAUGUGUAUGGUAAGUAUAAGAAAUAUAUUACCAUUUAGAGAUGUACAUGUGUAGAAGAAAUCUCUACACUGCGUCAAAAACUCUUUCAUUAAAAAUUUGGUUCUGCAUAAGUACACUUGACACUGUAUUCUGGGGGUUACAAGUUACAUGUAAUAAUAUUAUUGUUAAUCCCAUUGUUUUGCAUCUACAUGUAGGUCAGUGGGCUCUUUUUAACACCUUCAAAUAGUAGUAGAAUUAUGUCCACUAGCCCUCUUCAUCAAAAUGGUCCUUUUUCUUUCAACUUGUACAGAACUAACACCUGUAUCUUACAACGGUUUCUGUAGCUUUUUACUGAAGUGGCUCCUGGUCAUGGAAUAGGGGCCUUUCACCUCCUGCAUCUUGCAGCCUUUCCGUGUAUAUUUUUAUGUGUAAUUUGCCACAUUAAAAAAUGGUGGCUUUCAUAAGCGAGGAGGAGUUGACAGAAAAAAUGGUAUCAAAGGUUUAUUAUUUUGUUGAAAUUUGCAUUGCAUGUGGAUUGUGCAGUGACGCAGAAACCCAAGUUGCCUUUAUAUAUAGGGUUGGUGGGACCUUCACGACAGGAUAUUUGCAUCUGGGCACCCAUCCUGUUUCUAACUCUGCCUGACACAACUUAACUUGAGUGGCAGUACAACUGUAUUGUGAGGGUUAAAUUAUGCAAGAUAUAUUUUUCUAGUUUAAGUCAGGCAGUAAUGUUCUUGAAUAAAUAUGGACCAAUUUACAGUGCAGGAAAAGAAGCAAUCCUUGGAACUGUGUUCAAAGUGUACAUGUGUACUUUUUUUUUAUUAUCACAAUUAUUGGUAUUGUAAGGGCAAUACAAGGUACGGUUACUCCUAAACAAGAAUGGAGACCGGCCUCCAUUUUUAUAACUAAUUUUCUUUAAGAUAGACAACCAAUAGCUAAAGUUUGACAAAAACCACUCAGCAGGCUCAGUUAUAGAGGAGUGACCUCAAGUGACAGAUGGUCAAGGCCAUGUCAGACCACCAGUAACUGACUCUUAUUGAAACCGUUGAUCUUGUACUCACCCCUGUCUCAGUGAUAAUUAUUACAGCUCUCACUAUUAUUUUAAAUGUCAUGUUGUUUUAGAUAUUUUCAACUCAUGAGUAGUGUUCUCACUUGCUCUUAGUUGAUGGUGGCUGGUCUGCAUGGAAGGAGUUUUCACCUUGUACUGCACAGGACUGUGGAAAUGGUACCAGGAUGAUGAGACGCUUCUGUACAAAUCCAUCACCUGAAAAUGGUGGAAAAAUUUGCAAAGGACUCCCCUUCAAGAACGAGUUUUGUAUGGGACAUUGUCCUGGUAUGCUAGACUUUGACGCGAAAAUAUAUAAAUAUAAUUUCAAUUAUAAUGACAGUAUAAAUUAAAGAGUUGCUAUAGUUAUAAUGGCUCAGUCAAUCCAUGCUGCCCAUUCCCCCUCCCCCCCCCCCCCCCCCAUUGCCCCCUUCCCCCCCCCCCCCCCCCCCCCCAGGUAUUUUGUCAUUGUUUUUUUUGGAACAGCUGCAAUUGCCCAGUGGUGGGUCAGCUGUCUCUCACAAAAAAACUCACUGUGGGGCUUAAAAAAGUGUGCAAAUGCCUCACCCUGUGACAACACACGCACAAAAAAUAGUGGUGUUGCAUUUUCACAUAAAUGUAAGCUGAAAAUGCCAUAUUCAACAGGGCAAUACACCAGUGAUUUAACAAUAAAUAUUUCCAAUAUUUAUAUAACAAUAACAGUACUUAAAUAAUAUUAUUUACUUCACAAUUACACACUCAUACCAAAUUUGGAAACUCUUGAAAAAGAUUAAACUAGCUAUGUGUGUCUUUGGACAACAAUCAGACUCUUCUUCAGUCAGUUGUAUCAAUUGUGAGACCAAGGUAAACUCCUUGAAUUAAAACCAUAACUUUCCUCUCUGUUAAUUUUAACAUAACUUUUGCAAUCUCCCAUAAAUAAUUACAUACGACUCUUGGUUUGGCUUUCCUACAAAACUAAAUUUAUCUGUAUAAUGCGUCUUUUGGUGUUCUGCGAUUAAUUGCAUCAUGUCCUCUUUUUAAUUUCCCUGUUCUUGUGUACAACUUGAAGUAAAUGAUCCAGCCAUAGUUAAAGCAAGAGACAUCUUUAGACAAAAAUCAGAAAUUUCCUGGAAGGAUGCAACAAAUACUGUGGGGUUGGGUGGUGAUGGAACGAAAACCACACAUAUCUUUUUUAGAGCAUAUGUUAUUAAAAAUAUUCUUCAUAGAAAUAUCUAUAGCUUAUAUCCUUUAUACAUGUACAUAAAAUUGUUUUCUUUUUUAUUUUAAAAUGUUGCCUAGAUUAUGAAAUCUAUCAUUCAAGAUUUAAUAUGCCGGUGGGGGGAUCGAAUUCCCUAUAUUUCUUAUAAGCUCCUUGGCGUCCCUGAGAUUUCCCUGCUGUUUACUACUUUAAAUUAAUUUUUAAUCUUAUCAAACACCAUUUGUUAUGACUUUAUUGCUACUUAUUGUAAUUUAUUUUGUGUUACAAAAUGAGUAAAGUGAAAUUAAUGUUGAAAAGGCACAAUAAUAACUGUUUCUAGAAGAAUUGACAAGUGCCCCACCCCUGGGGAGAGGUUUUCUGACAAAUUCCCCACCACCGGGACUCAGUGUUCCAGCCAGAGCGCGCCAUGGCGUGAAUCCCACAAAAGAUCGAGAGAUGGCCCCCACCAAAAGCGUUCAAGGGCCAUUAUGGCCCUUUCCUUUUUUAAUUGCCUGGGCUUAAAAUGGUCUCUGUUACUUCAACUACAAUAAUGUUCCAAUUAAACAGAAUUUUUAAUCUAAAGAACAAUGACUCCGUACCUUUGUACACAACAUGAAAAUCAAUCGAUGAAUCUUCUUGAGUUUACCUGAUUUACCGAGAGGGGUCUGGAGACCACUAAGCCUCGACUUGGCUUUUGUAAUAUCGCAGAAGCUCAUGGGUAUCCAUCAUGGCAUCUCGAAAAACGAUAAACCUGACAAACGCAUCUUCGAAGUCUAUCAAAAGUUUUUUCUCAGAAGUAACGAAAAAGUGGAUGGAGACGAAGCAGUUCAGAAUAAGCGAAUGAAAGCAGAUCUUGAUGGUGAAGUGGAAAAUGAGAUGAAAAAAAUUACUAUUUUUAUUGCAUACAUUCUGAUUGUACUGUUUGCUUUAUUACCGAAGAUUUCCUCUAUUGUGUAUAAAAAGGGACGCUCCAUGUCAGCUUCAAAUAAACUGACAUUUUCAUUUCCUUAACUUUCCAACUGCUUCUUCUCUUUUGCAUAUUAGAGAGAUACUGGUACAUUGGCCCUUUCUUGAAAUACCUGGCCCCCAAAAAUGGGUUGUAAGGACCACUUUUGCCCUCAAGCACAAUUUUCUGGCUGGAACACUGGGGACUGAUAAGAUGACAAAUGCCCUGCAAAUGUCGUGGGGAUUGGCAUACUUGGAAUUGUCUAAGCCGUUGAGGAAAAUGCUGCAUGGUUUUGUUUGUUCAAUAUCAUGUAGAGGGGUACCUGGUAAUUUUUACUUUUAUUUUGCUUAGGUUUGAAAAUCAACUGCCCUGAUGACAUUUCUGUGUAUGUCAACGAUUCAGAUUUUAAGAGAAAAGUUGUAUCUUGGAAUUUUAGUAGGCCAGAAGUGAAUGAAACAGAGUAUAGUAUUGAAGUAACUCCACCAUGGGCUGUCCCACCUGUGGAGCUCGUCAACUGUUCAGAAAAUGCUGUUUAUGUCAUUACUUACGUUUUGAGGGAAAAGAAUGGACAGACAGCUAACUGUUCCUUCAAUAUAACAGUGCGCCGUAAAAAAGGUGAGGUUCAGUUAUUUCAUUUUUUUUGGUGUUAUCCUGUACUACUGAUGUCAUUUUACCAGAUAAUAAUUGUUACAAACAUCUUCCAAAUAUGUUGAAUGCUAGCUGGUUAUGAAGAGUUAGGUGAUGGAUUUGAGCCAAUCAGACUCAAACAAGAAAUAUUUUGAGUAAAUAACAAAGUUUUAUAACAAUAAGCUGUACCUCUCGUUAUUGUAAUUGAAGAGCAGUACCUGACGAAUAUUCAUAGGUUUCAAGGCUCAAAAUAACAGCCUAUCAAUGGACAAUAUCUGGCUAGAAUGGGGACUUGACUGGCAAAAAAAUUCACUUACCAUGUUGACUAGUCACGCAUGCACUCUUAUUCUUAAAAAAAACCCCAGCCAAAUGCUCCUUUUGGUUCCAUUCUGUUCAAGUUAAAACCAUCACUUUAUCAAUGCUGAAAACCAGCACCGACCAUCUUAAUGGUGAUGAGGAAGCGGGGGGUGGGGGAGGGGGGGAGGGAGGGAGUGGUGGGGAGGACCUGUUUGUAUCGUACAUUUUCAUUGUAGAUAGCUGUAUAUGCUUAUCAUAGUCAAUUUUUUUACUGUAAAUAUGCAUUGUUUGAAAGACAACACAACAUCUAGUUUGCUUAAUAACUUUAUUUUCUCUUUUUUUGCUAAAGCAAACAUAGUUGACAAUAUAUCAACUCAACCUCCAAGCAAUACCCUAGCUUUCAGUCCAGGAACACCUAGUAAGUGAAGGUUAUAUUUUAACAGGUAUAAGAAGGAAGAUUAUGUCACAUCUGGGCUCAAUAAUAAUUAUUAUUAUUUCAGUUAAUAUAAGAUAAGUGCUCUUCUAUAUAUAAAGGUAUUAUUUAAUGCAUUUCCAUUUAUUUACCAAUUUUAUUUUUUAAGUAUUUCUUGAUGAAUGGAUGAAAAUUCUGUCAAUUCCUUUUGUACUAUUAAAAAUGUAGUACUAGAUUCAGAAUACCUACCAACACCUUACAGCUACAUUCGCUAUGUUCCAACAUUCUUUUCUGUGUUAGUUAAUGACAGAAUGGGAUCAAAGUGUAAGGUAACUGGCUUGCAGACUGCCAUUUCCCCUAAAAUUUACCUAAUUGUAGUUAUUCCUGCCAGGGAAUUCCUAGCCUGCGAGCAAGCUCUCCUAUUUGGGCGAGUGAAGCGAGUCUCGCGAGAACGCGCGAGCGAGCGGCGAAGCCGCGAGGGGCCGGCGAAAGGAGAGCUUGCAACCAUCCCUUACAAAUUUUCAUUUGUACUUCGCCCAGACGAAGGGAAAUACCAUUGGCUGAAAAAUGACGUUCCGGAAAUCAAAGUUGAUUGAUAACAGGCUAAGCUGGCACCCGCUUCGUCUGUGUGUCAAAUUUGGUUCUCAGGGGGAUCAGAUUGGUACCGAGAACUUGUUUCAGCCCUCAAAGCAGACGGGCUCGUUUGAUGUAAUUCUCGUAAAGAGAAUAUUGCGAGCCGAGGAUAAGUCGGAUCGAGUUUGUAGUUCUUGUGGAAGGAAAAUGAAAACCCUUCAUCACUGAGUUGUAUUCGUUUGUGUCAAGCACCUUGUUUAGUUCUGAAAACCGGGAGAGUGAAAGUGAAGAGUGAUUCAAGCGCUGUUUUCCAACAUCGGUUUCUUCGCCCGGUUGAAUUCUACUGGGUAGAAAAAUUCAGACACAUGUACUUGACAGUGUAACUGUGUAGCGUGACCGUAAAGAAGGAAAAGAGAAAGAGUUGGAAGCAACUGGAGUAAAGCUUAAGAGAACCAAGUGCAGGAAAACGCUAUUCUCCAGUUCCAGACGGACAAAUAUAUGAUGUUUUUGUUGGUGAUUGCGAUGGGGAGUAGUCUUCUACACUGCAGUAGGAAUGACUUUUCAAAAGUAAACGAAACGAGAAUCAAAUUAGUGAGUUCUUAUCCGAGCGGACACGUUGAAGUUCGAUGUCCCCGUGGAAAGAAGACAUAUAAAAACAUUGCUUUGAUGCUGUUGCGAAAGCGAUUUAUAAAUAAAUAAAUAAUUCUACGCGUCCUCGCCUGUCGGUUGUCACUUUUCUAAUCUGCGGCACGUUUGGGGUGACAGUUUUCACGCUUUGUGGAGUCCCGGGGUUUCCGGGGUGGAAAUGAAAAUUUAUGAGAGAUGGUUGCAAGCUCUCCUUUCCUCGGCCCCCUCGCUCGCGCGUUCUCGCGAGGCUCACUUCGCUUACCCAAAUAGGAGAGCUUGCUCGCAGGCUAGGGAAUUCCAGCAAGUAUGUUGAAAAAUUAAUGCAGUUCUUGGGCUCUGAUACAUCUUUGUUUUCUCAUGGCCCAUGGGCAAAUGGAUCACCCUGUGAACAGAGCUUCCAUCUGUCUUCUUCUGUGAAGAGGAGAGAAAGAGGCACUGCCUGAGUCAGGUGAAGACUUUGAGGUCGCAGCAGCCCAAACUUCUGGACCAGUCAAUCUUGUUCUCUCUUGUGAAACUGUUUUUUCGAGUGCAAGGAUACAUGAAUUAUUGAUAAACCAAUGAUCAUAACUGAGCCUACUAUAUCCUUAAAGCAACAUGCAGCGCAUGCUCAACAAAGAUCUUACUUGAUUCAUGCAGAGUCUUUCUUGAGUACAUCGUCAAAAUUGAGUGGCUCUGCUAGCAGGGUGCAAAUGAAAUGUUUUCAAUCUGGAUUUAAAAAGAGAGAUAUUAGCAGCACUUUGUAUAUUGUUAUUUAGUGAACUGAAAAAUUAAGGACCCUGAAAUCUUGUACCAAAAAUUCCAAAUUCCAAUUUGACCAGGAAUGAAGUAGACAAAGAACCACUUAGUGCAUGUGCUACCUUUACAUAAAAUUGUUAUUUAUUUCCUUUAAACUGACGUUAUGAUUUUGAGCUUACUAUAACUACUACUGACAAGAUCAAAUUAAUCUUUUGGCUAGAGUCUAGUAAUUCUAUACCAAUACAACUAGUACUGAAAGUAAGAAGAUCGAUUUAUAAGGGGACUUAACUUCAGGUUUGAUUGAUAUUAAGUGUAUUUUUAAAGCGUUUUUAGAGAUAAACCAGUUUGGUGGACAGUUUUUAAUUUGUUCACCUUCAAUUUUCAGCACCCUGACUAUGAUAUACCCAGAUGAAUUUGCCAAAUCAGACUGUUUACACACUUUAGGGUUGCAACCAUAUUAGAGCUGUUUUUGCCCAGGAAAUCACACAAUAAAAGUUAAAUCAUUUAAGCAGCAUUUUAGAAUGACUUGUCACUACUUUUUUGUUCUCUUUAGGUGCCAUUAAAAUAGGGAUUAUUGUAGGAGUGAUCGUGAUUCUGCUGGUAUUGAUAGUAGUAUUUGUAUCAAGAUUUUCACAAAAAUCAAGACAGAUGAAAACAGCUCGAGCAUACACUCCGGAAAGUGGACUUGAAUUAGGUAAAUUAACAUUCCUAAAUGGGUGACCCAUUUGUAUGUCCAGCUAGUGUUUGUUUUAGUCAAUAGCGAAGUUUUGAACUAUUUGUUGGGUCAAAUCCUUAAGGAAAAGGCCAUUAUAUUAGCCUAAAUUUCAGACGAUUACUUUGAGUCCUUUUUACCCCGUCAAUAACAACGUUACUGAGGGAGUGAAACUGACUCAAAGUUAUUGUCUGAAAUUCAGGCUGCCAUUAUGGGAUGAGUUUGUUGUUGCCCUUACACCAAGAGGUUUUCUGCAGAAAUUCUGGUGUUCCCCUCUCCACUUUGUGGAUGUGCCACCGCUAAAUCAUUAUUUAUUCACUUAUUUAUUUGUUUACAGUCGACUCUCUCUUUACAGUCGACUCUCUCUUAUUUUAUGGUCGUGAAAGUAAUGAAUGAUAAUCAACCAAGCGAACAUAGUGGAUAUCAGAUUCACAUAGUGGAUAUCACAGUGGAUAUCAGAAGUGAAUUAAUAGUUUAAAGAAAAUGUUUACGGCACUUUUAAAGUAGGUUGACUCUGCUUUUAAACCGUUAGCUUGUUCCAGGCGUUCAGAUACAGGGGAACUGGGUGAUACGAAAAGAUUUAAGACAGAAUCCAGCAGGAAAUUGAGUAAUUUUAAUUUUCAGUCAACAAAAACCUUGUACCAAAAUAAUUAAAUAAUAUAGCAUUCUUUUCACAUUUUUCAAGGGCUAUAGAUGUAAUUUGCUAUCUGUAAUAACUCCAAAGAAAAUUUCUCAUGAGAGCCCGAGAAAAUAAACGUCAAAUUUCACAAAAUGACACCUUACACUAGAAAUUUUGAAGAAUUUUACCUGUGUUUUCACAAUUCUUGUGAAAUUUGACAUUUAUUUUCUCAAGCCACCAUGAGGAAUAGUCUUUGUUGUUUUUUACAAGUAGCUUGAAGAGCGCACAUUGCAUGGAGGGGAUGGCUGAAGGAAAACUUUUUUUUCCCCUUUUGAAGUCGGUAAAAACGUCAGAAAGGCCUUUAGGGCAAAGUGUCUCAACUGAUUUUGUCACCGAUUGUAGAUGGGGCAUAUUUCUGGAGGGGGCUAAUAAUUAAGACAGAAUCCAUCAGGAAAUUAAGUAAUUUUAAUUUUCACCUUGUACCAGAAUAAUUUAAACAAUAUCGCAUUCUUUUCUACAUUUUUCAAGGGCUAUAAAUAUAAUUAGUUACCUGUAAUAAUACCGAACACACCAACUUUGAAUGGAGGGAAUGGGUGAGGGGUGUGGAUUGUUUUGUUCACUGAAGUACAAUGCCUCAACAACUUUGUUGUCGAUUUAGCUUGUAUUGAAUUGAAUUUGAUUCAUCAUAACGCUUUGAACCUUGAUUAAAAACCAGUAAACGCAAAACGUAUCUUGAUCAGCUCUACUAUAGCUUUUUUGGAGGCGCUUUUUCCAAAACGAGGAAAUAAAAUGCAAUUAUCUUAAAGGAAGGAAGCAUUGUGAUUGGCCAAUAGACAAUUGAACUAUAUAAGAACCAGUCAAGUGAAUUUUACCUUGUAUAUUAAGGGUAAUCAUACGACUUUUCUCGUUCAAUUUGGUAUCUCUUUGCACUCCUGUGUUUUUUAAAAAGUAUUAAAAUUGCGUUCGCCCUACGGACAUCUUCAAUUUCGAUACUUUUUGAAAACCGCAGUUUCUGCAAAUAAAUUCCAAAUUGAAAUCUUUAAGUCUUAUGAUUACCUACACAUACAUGCAUGUUGUUUAUUUCUAGGGUCAUUUAAAAAAGCUACUCUGGACAGCACAUCACCACUUAUCACUCGUUCAUCAUCCUACGAAGAGUCGUCCCCCGUACUACGUAGUGAAAAGCUUCGGGCAGUUUCUCCGACUUUUGACGAAGAGUUUGAUUUUGUUUGGCUUCCCCUCCAAGAAUCCCCUAAGAGCAGGCGUGUCGAACAAGAAGAAUUUAAAAGACCUGCUACUGAAACCACUGAAGUUGAAAUAGUCAAUGAAAGGACGAAGAAUAGGGAGCAAAGAUACGAAAGGACAAAUUCUUCUAUCAGUAACAAGUCGACUGCUUCAGAUAUCUCUCGCAUGAUGUGGAAUAUUUCGAACCUCCCAGAAAAUGUGAAUCCCAAGAUGAUGGCGUGGGGACUAGUGGACCAUAAUGGAGGGAGGUUCACCAUAGGGGACACAGGAGUGAGCCUCAUUGUACCACCCCAGGCUAUCCCAGAGGGUCACACUGAAGGCAUAUAUAUAGCUAUCAUGGACCAAGAAAAGGACCAUCCUCAUAUCACCGCCAAAGAGUCCCUAUUGAGUCCAGUUGUGAAGUGUGGCCCAAAUGGCCUCAAGUUCAAGCGUCCUGUGGUUUUAAGCCUGCCACACUGUGCUCUCCUUGAGGACGGUGCCUGGAAUUUAAAAGGUGAGUAGGUGACUGUUACUUCUUUUUACACCCGUCCGUGAUUGUUCGAAAGUUGCAUAGCGAAUAAGAACAACCGCAUGUAGGAGAGAUAUGGAUAAGUGACAGUGAAACCAAUUGUACUAUACGCAGUGAUUUAUCCACUAGAUAGUACCAUCCAGCUUUCUAAACAACUUUGGUCUGAUACGUAUUUCAUUUUGGUGUGUACAGUUCAUUCGGCGGUAGAUUGCAAGCCAGUCGUACAUUUUAUAGUCAUUUUUUCGCACUGGAAUUGCAAAUAUGAUUGUACGACGCCUUUAAACAAACGAGAGAAAAACAGAGUGACGCUGGGGAGAGCCGUGGCUUACGAGUCUUGUGUCUUCCGCGCAAAGGAGAAUUCACGCUUUUCGCCAAUUAGGUCAAAUAUAACCCAAAGAAUUUAAGUUUUGUAUAGUAAUUCUGCUCGAGCUGUCACCCACCAGUUUGAUGGAAAACAACACUGACUUUGCCAUGUGCGCAACGAGUCUUAUUUCCUUUUUUUUCGUCUCGUUUCUUCAUUUGAAUUUGCAUUCUGUCUUCUUUUCUAACGCAAAUGCAGGUUUUUCUAAAUAUGGUCUUUAAAAUUUUGUUAGAAUUUUUAUUAUUGAUUCAGUCAAAAUAUAAACCAGAUUGAAAACGUAUAAUCUUAUCUAGAACAUGCUGCAGUGUGGGCAAUUGGAUACGCUCAACUUCAUUUUAAAUCUGUAAGUCCCAAAAGUGAUCAACAUCAGUUUUCUCCCAAGAAUAUCAAGACAUUAUCAAGAGAAAAAGUUAUGAGAAUUGAUAAGAUGAUCAUCUAAGAAAAUGCUUUGAUCUUGGAUCAAAUUCUCUCAUUUAAUAAUAAGGAAAUAUAUGGGGAUCAGUCUGGAGAGUAUGCUUGUGGAUAAAAAGGAUACCCAGAGUUGGUCCUUGUCGUUGCAGAUUAGUUCUUUUCUCUGAUUUUCUAUAGAGUACUAAAGUGAUGACGUCAUAAAAACGAAAUUUCUGAAAUUAUGGGAUUUGUCAGGAUAUUCUGAAAGAACAAUGUCCAAGAGGCCUACUUACCAAAAAUGAGCAUUUCGGGGCAAAUUGUCUUAGGGACAAUUUGCCCAGAAAUGCUCAUUUUUGGCAAAUAGGCCUCUUGGGCAUUGUUCUUUCAGAAUAUCCUGACAAAUCCCAUAAUUUCAAAAAUUUCAUUUUUAUGACGUCACACUUUAGUACUCUAUUAGGCAGACAGAUUUCCACUGUCACCUGACGCACGGAAAUUUUAUGCGCAGAAAUAAAUCAGAGGCAAUGUAAAAGAUCGGGCGUAAACGUAAAAGUUCAGCGACGUUCAACUUUUACGUUUAUUCUUACGCAGGACACUUCAUAUGUUGCCUCUAAUUUAUUGACUCUCGUUAAACUACGUGUGUACGCAAGUAAAGAUUACGCGGCAGUGGAAAUCCAUCUUAAGACGGACACCUACGGUCAAUCCAAUGUUGCUCCUAGAAAAGGUUUUAUGUUGACACCUUUUCUUCUUUUCUCUAUCCAUAGUCCAGUACAACGAGACAGAGUCGGGUGCGCCAGCAGACUGGAAACAAUUGAUUGACAUCAAUAAGCAGGAUGGCUCAGAUCCUUGCUUAGCUUUAUUGGAACCAAACAUGGUUUAUCUAAUGGUGGAUCAUUUCACGUCAUUUGCUGUAACUGGAAAUUCAGCUGCCAGUGAACCAGCCAAGAAAAUAGUAAAGAUUGUAGCAUAUGUGUCACCUCCAGCCCAGGCAAAUGGUGACUGUGUGGUGAGAGUGUACUGUGUAGGGGAUCUUCCUGUUCAUUUAGAGGUUUGUUUUGUUGUUUUCUUCUUUGUAACGUUUUUCUUCGUUGAUGAUUGUCUCGUGUUCUUCUUUGUUUUGCACAAUGGCAUUUUCACGGCGAAGAGCCUCGUCACUGAACGCCGUCUGAGGAUCGCUUGAGCUUUAUAGUUGAAUGUUACCGAAAUAAGAGUUGCUAAAAUGCGAUGAUGAUGAUGAUUCAUCAUUCGAUACAAAUCUUCCUUUCUUUUCAUCGGCCGAGAGCCCACCACCUGACCUGCAAUAACUGCCUACAAAUAAUAGUUUGCUCAUGCGCAAUGUCGUCCAACUGUGUUUGGCUGCAAAUGAUAUUCUAUUCACGCGUAAAUGAAACUACGCUUUCUCUUCCUUGCGAUCGCUCUUGCGUGAAAAUGGCAAAUAUUCAUUAAAAAAAAAGAAAACAAACAAACUCUGUGAUCGAAUGAUGAAAAAACUAUUGAACUAGGUUAUCGCAAAAUAUGGUGAUUUGUCAGUGUCUCGCAGAUCGAAGCCUUUGGCUUCGCCAAAUAAUUGAUCUGCUCGCCACUGACAAAUCACGAUACUUUGCUCAACCUCGUCCAGUAAUUGUUCAUUGUUGCUCUUCAUAAUCAUCAUAUUUUUUUUUUCUUGGUGCUCUUCCAGAAUUUACACAGUCAAGACACAGAGAGGUUAAAAGGAAUAACAAGGGAGGCACCUCAGCCUUUUUACUUUAUUGACGGUGGAGGUGAUCUCUUAGUCAACCUCACAGAUAAUCACCCGGGCUGGAAAAACACCGGUGUAGAUCAAAAGGUGAGUGACGACUUGCUUGUCCAGUUGCACAUUAUUUUUAAGAGAAUGUCAGAUAGAUUCCUCAAAGUCCCCUAUUAUUUGAUAAGAUCGUCUUGAUCGAGCGCUCUCCGGUGCUCACCGCUCACCAGCUAUUUUGUUAUUGAUUUCAAAUGUACCGAGGGGACGGUUGUCGUGUGGUUUAACCCUUUAUAAACCCAAAGAUCAAAAUUUGAAUUCUCAUUUGUUGCACCUGUUCAUUUCCUACAGGGGUACUGGGGAGAAGUUGUUAAAAUAUCAAGCAAAUUCAUCUUGUGUGAUCAUGUGGGUAAUUCUCAUAUGACCACUCUGUUUUACAAAGCAUUGAUAUUAUUAGGAGAUAUUUACGAUGAUCACUCUUAGGGUUAAAGCGGUUGGGAAAGGGAGGCGAGAAAAAUAAAAUCACCCUAACCCUAACCCAUAUAUUUUUUCUUGCCACCUCCUAAAGUGCCCUGAGUCGAUAAGAUAGUCAUCUUUAAGAGAUGAACUUGGUCAAGAUGGUCGCCUGUAGCGCUCGUUUUCAACGAGGGAACUGUGAACAGUCUAAUCAGUUUAUGACAUUUUAGGAAAGCCUGUUGAAGUGAUUUGCUUGUUUAUUUGUUUGUUUCCUUUUUCUUUUUCGUAGAAAAUCCGUUUUAAACAUAUCUGGGAAGGUAUUGAGAGCAUGCCAAGUCGUAGUUUUACGUUCUCUUUAGUCGACAAAAGCGUGCCCCAGUUCCGUGCCUCCUUUGAAGUCACUCAGGACUGCCAAGAUGGCGACGAACAAGAAGUUAGCGUGUCCACGGCGAUCGAACAAUCGUCCAUAACGAUGGUAAGCGGCAGUAAGAGCUUAAGCAAUGUUUCAGCGUUUAUUUGUUUCCUGCCUCGCGUUAUAUCUAUUCAACCGUGAUAAGUUAUUGUUAAUCUUAAUUUCAGGACCAGGGCAGCAUGUCUGAGUCGAGUAACAAAGCAUCGGAGCAAACCUGUUAUUGCGGAGGAUCGACCAGCUUAUCUAAGGCGGCAAGCGAACCUGUUCUAGAAGAUAACACCGCUGCCGUACUGCAUGCAGGCUCGUUAUGUAGUCAUUUGCAUUCUACGUCACAAGCGAAUAUUCUGCUUGGCGGAGCAGGUCCCGGUAGCCCAACUGGGUCGCCAAUUCAACUGAAAAAUACCUCAUCUGGUUACUUUUCGUUUGGUUUCGAACCCUCGCCAUCGACGGACUCACUUACCUACAGGAUACGUAAUGAACUGAUUUUGAUUCUUGAUCCACCGCAUCCCAAGGGCGAUUGGAGAUCUUUAGCCGGCAGUGUUGGAUUUGAAAUGAAACAUAUUAGGUGGCUGGCAAAUUGCAAUUCCUCUGCGUCUCCGACGGACAUUCUUUUAACAGCGUUAGAGAGCAAGAAAUAUCCUCUCUAUAAACUGGCGGAGAAACUGCGCGAUAUAGGUCGAGACGACGCGGCCAGCCUGGUAGACGCUCAACUCAUGUUGAGAGAGACUGAGGUGUAGCCGGCCGGCACUGAUCAAAAAGAAACGUGCUCUUUUAUGUUUCUUUGGUUUUGAUCUUCAUUUUUGUUGGUUUAUCCGCUAUUGAUGACAUAUUUGCCGGAAGCUACCUAAAACAAGCUGAAGAGAGUCACCUAACACCGAAUGAAGCUCGCACGAAGAGGAUGUUCGUCUAUCAUCCAAAGAUGCUGUUAAUCGUGGAAUGAGAAACGUUUGGAUGAUAAAAUUACGAUCGAAACAAGCAACUUCCGCGGGAUGUUUAAAAGAAAGCUUGUGCCUCUUAUUGAAUGCCACAAAUUUCUUCAGAAUUUCAACUCCCUUUGUCGGUGGGUUUCUUUUGCUCCUCACCACGCAUGCUUACGAUUUGACGUCUGUGGUUUGGCGUGAUGACGCUUUAGUUAGCGCGCUAAAGUGAAAAUUUGAGAAUUGAUUUAUUAUUUAUUUAUUAUUCUCGCAAACAAGCAAAUAUCGAAUAAGUCGUUUUUAAUGUACGUUGUCACAGCACCGUUAUUCGUAUAAAGA